AUGCCAUGUUUCAAGGGUCUCGCCGUGAGUAUACACACUCCAAACGGCCCCAUCUCCGAGUUCUCCAUUCAACGCCAGUCCCGGGCCUCUCGCAUCGCAUGCUAUAUCCCCGUCCCACCUCCUAAGCUUCCCGACUCGGCGAACGGAAAACCCGAACAAUCGACCUUCGCCAUCUCGAUUACGCUCUUGAACCCCGGUCAAGAUGUUCCGUACUCCACACCGAAACCGACGCCCGACGACCCCUCACCGAAACCUAAGGUGGUGGGGGGUCUCCCCGGUCAGACGGGCGAGCGCGGACAGUAUAGCAGCUCGGUUGCGCCCUACCAGCCCUUGACCAACUCGCCGAACGAGACGGUCGCUGCCUACAUAUACUUCGAUGGCCGGCAGAAGGAAGAGGUGGCAACCUUGCUCCGCAGAGGGGAGGAGACGUGGGUCAACUCGCGUUGGGUCAGCGUGCCGGAGUCGGAGGGCGGUGGUCUUGCCGAGCGGGAAUUCCUGUUUCGCGAGGUGGGGUUGGAAAGAUGGUUGAAUGGGCUGGACCUCGAAGGCAAGGAUGUUGCUGCCAGAAUCGAGCGGAGGCGGCAGAAGAUGGAGAGACGCCGGUUGAAGCGCGACUCCGCCGACGGAAUGGGGGAUAUGGAUAUGGAUUCCAAGUUGGCAGCCGCGAAGAGUAAAGGGAUCAUGCGGUAUGGCAACGAUACGAAGUCGCCUCUGGAGAACGUCUCAGACGAUGACAUGUCGUAUUCUGAUUCCGAUGACGACCCGAUUCCCGAGACCACGGGGCAGAUCAAAGUGGCUCUGUUCCGAGUACUGGCGUCCGGGGAGAUCAAGCGCGGGGAAUACUCGCCGCAGUUCGAUGCCCAUGAUGACGACGAGGAGAACCAGGGUGGACCGGCCAACAACGCGGAUGUCGACCACACCACGAGUUUCGCGAAACCCAAGACGCUGGAUCCCAAGACGAUCAGCACGCAGACGGUCACCGGCAUCGACCCGUCCGACAAACCGUAUGCGAUCUUUACGUUCAUGUAUAGAGGAGAGAGACAACUGCAGAAGAUGGGCAUUCUGAAAGAUCCCAAGGUCCAAGAGACGCCUGCCUCCGCGAAGCGAAGAUCAUUACAAACCGACUUCUCCAGUCUUGGUCCCCUCAAACCGGGCGGCACGGUUGGGUUCCUCAACUUCCGAGACAACGCCGACAGCAGAAAAGACAAGAAAAACAACAAGGGAGACGACGAUAUGGACAGCGAAGAUGAUGACGAUGACUCUAUCCUUGGCAAGGCAGAUGACGAGGAAGGCAAGGAAGAUAACCUCGACCUGUCUCCGGAGGACAUUCGGCGGCAAGGUGAACUGGCGGAAGGGGUCCGCAAGAUUAAACUCAAACGUCAACACUCUUCUGCUAGCUUGGCCGGUGCCAGCAACAAGGCCGAUGCCGGGAGUCCGCUCAGCGGAGGCACACCGGCGGCUUCAAGCAUGUCGACCACACCUCCGAAUGUCCCUACCGCUAGUAUGGGGACAUUGGAAGCCCCCAAACCCGCUGUCAACACACUUGAUGGAGGAUUCAUCGGCAGUCCUUUGAAGAAGCAGCGGGCUAGUGUGUCUGAGGCGGAUGAAAGUGCUCUGCGGCGACGCAUGGAGUCUGGACUCUCCAAGGAGAUCAGCGCUCUAGGAACGUCGGGCGAGGGGACAGCAGCUGCGACGGCAGCGAACCCCAACCUUUUCGGAGGGAGCUUGAAACCACAGGAGCCAACGCUACAACCAACCAAUGAGGAUGAAGAGCUGUAG